GGGACCAAAACCGAAAAACUUUUUAACACCGUUUCAAAUUAUAAAUUAAUUUUCCCACUUAAAAUUUAAUUAAAAUCGGGCCGAAAGAUCACGUCUAAAAGAAAUAAGAAAAUUAAACGCCGACAUUCAUCGGUUAAACGCGUGAACUCUGACCUUUAUCCACCGAGAUUGGAUGUGACGUCACCCGAACGGAUUAGAAUUUAUUAAAAUUAAACGGCGUGACGUCGACCCAGACCACCUAGCGGCGAAAGACGGAAAUCGACAUCGCGGGUGGAAAACGCUCUUAGAACGGACCGAACGAACUCGACAUGACACCUACCGACAACAACCUGCGAAUGAUAGCGGCUGCUCACUGGCUAACACUUGUUUGGAUCCAGGUAACUGGCAACAUCACUUCCACCUGUCCAAAGCAAUGCGUAUGUAGUCGAAAAAAUGGUGAAGAUUCCGUCGAUUGCUCCCGCUCUUCCCUAUCCAUCGUUCCAGAAGACGUGCCAGAAACCGCUCUACUGCUAAAUCUAAAUCAUAAUUCACUAAAAGAACUACCGCAACCGUUGACCAACUUGCCUUUUCUGAGAGAAUUCACAGCCACUCAUAAUCAUAUCGAUCAGAUAGGAGCAGAUACUUUCGUUUCUACUCCUAACCUAUUCCUCAUAGAUGUUUCCGACAAUCCCAUUGAAAACUGUACUUUCCGCCAGCUUUUCCACUUGAAACAACUUAUCGUAUCGAAAGCCUAUCGGUUACGCCGUUUUCCUAAUAUCAGCGUGUUGCCUUCUCUCGAGCACAUUCGAUUGGACAGAGGAUUACUCGAAUUUGUACCUGAUGAUUUAUGCCAGAAAACCCCAAAAUUGAAGAGCCUUAAUCUACAGUCCAAUCGCCUGAAUGUCUUACCGAAACUUGAUCAUUGUUUGGGGUUGCGUUUACUUGAUGUGAGAUAUAAUCAUAUCAAAUUACUUCCGAAUUCCCAUUUCCUUUACCAGUCCAAACUCAUCGAUUUAUUUCUUAGUCACAAUCUUCUCAAAUCUAUUGGUGGACAAUCCUUCUUGGGAUUAGAAAAUCUUCAAGUUCUUAAUCUGAUGGAUAAUAAAAUCACCGAAAUUCAUCCGGAGGCUUUUGUUCCUCUAAAAGAACUAAGAGAUUUGAAUCUGGGGAAUAAUUACUUUCCCAAAUUGCCUACUCGAGGAUUAAAGAAUAUCCGUCAACUGAAGACCUUUAAUAAUCCUAAUCUCAAAGAGUUUCCUUCUCCUCAAGCCUUUCCCAAAGUACAUAAUCUGGUAUUAUCCUACUCCUAUCACUGUUGUGCCUUUCUUCAUUCAGUCAGUGUGGCUCCUCCUCCUCUAUCAUCUCUCAAAGAAAGUAUAUUGUGGUUAGCUAAAGAUGAUAUAGAUGAUUCUCUAUGGUUGUCUAAUGCAAGCAAUUUUUGGUCUGCUUAUGCAAAUAUAAGUGGGAAGUUAUCCAGCCAGUUCUGGAAUAAUCUAGCUAAAGAGUAUGCUGAUGACAUGCUACAGUAUGAAGAAUAUUAUCAUGAUUACAAAUUUGUCUUAAAUUCUGAAGAAAAUUUAAAUCAACCUUUACAAUGCUUGCCUGUACCUGGUCCUUUCCUACCUUGUGAAGACCUGUUUGGUUGGUGGACUCUUCGUUGUGGAGUUUGGGUAGUUUUCCUUCUAGCUAUGUUGGGAAAUGGAACUGUGGUAACUGUUCUCCUUUUUGGAAGAAGCAGAAUGGAUGUGCCUAGAUUCUUAGUUUGCAAUUUAGCAAUUGCUGAUUUUUUUAUGGGCAUUUAUCUUGGCAUUCUUGCAGUAGUAGAUGCUUCUACGCUAGGUGAAUUCAAGAUGCAUGCCAUUUUAUGGCAGACUUCAGCUGGAUGUCAAAUUGCAGGAUUUCUUGGGGUUCUCAGUAGUGAAUUAUCAGUAUACACUUUAUCUGUUAUUACUCUUGAGCGAAAAUAUGCUAUCACUAAUGCAAUGCAUCUUAACAAACGUCUGAGUCUUAGACAUGCUGGCUAUAUUAUGGCAAUAGGAUGGAUUUUUGCUCUUUCCAUGUCAGUUUUACCCUUGAUAGGUAUCAGCGAUUAUAAAAAGUUUGCCAUUUGUUUACCAUUUGAAGCAGAUACACAUCUAUCAAUAGCAUAUAUUGUGUUCCUGAUAAUGGCAAAUGGAGUUUCAUUUUUAAUCUUGAUGGCUUGCUACCUGAAAAUGUAUUGUUCCAUUCGUGGAUCUCAGGCUUGGAACUCCAAUGAAUACAGGAUUGCAAAGAGAAUGGCUCUUUUAGUUUUUACAGAUUUUCUUUGUUGGGCACCUAUUGCUUUCUUCUCUUUGACAGCUAUAUCUGGUGUUCAACUGAUCUCCACUGAAGAAGCCAAAGUGUUUGCGAUUUUUGUAUUACCUUUGAAUAGUUGUGCCAAUCCCUUCUUAUAUGCUAUAUUUACUAAACAAUUCAAGAAAGACUGUAUAUGGAUAUGCAAGAGAAUUGAAGAAUCACGUGUAACUAGAGGUAUAGGUAGGUACCAACAUAGUUCUAAUUUUUCUAAUCAUCAAACAGUAGCAAACACCAACUCUCUGACAGAUAAACCAAUGAAGAAAAUCAAAAAAGAGCCCAAAGACUGGAAAAUAUGGGCCAAGACUUGGCUUUUAUGCCAUGAAGAUAGCAAACCAAAUGCAGGAGAAGAAUAUACUCUAACCAUCACACAAAUCCAAAAUCAUAUGCAGUGUCGACACAAACAUGCUUCAAGUAUAUCCAGUGAAAAUUUCUCCUCCCGUUCAGACAGCUGGAAACAGGCAGCAAUUUCUCUGCGAGGUUUGGAGCGACAUGGGUUCCAAGAAUCUCGUAAACUGUUAAGACGUUCUUCAGGAGAAUCAUCAUCUAGCAUGCGACCAGAAUCUUCCACUUCAACUUUCAAAUUGUCAAAAUCUUCCAUCAGUAGUGACAGCCAAAAUCCCUGCCGACAUAUGAAUAUAGAAACUGGAGAAAGAGGAAGGGCAAUUGAUUUAAACUUAUCUCCACCUCGCACUAAGAGGAAGUUGUGCAGACAGAUUGCCUUAGACGAUACCCUUCAGUCUACACUACUGACUGAAUCUCUUCGGAAAAAGGAAAUGGAAGGCAGACAAAUCAAGGAGCAAGCAAUCUGAUUAGUAUGCUUUGUAUGCAUCAUAUAAAUAUUUUAUAGUAUCAGCAUGUACAAACUUCUCUAAAGUUUAAAAGUAUUAAACUUCAAUAUUUAAAAAUACCAAUAAAUUCAAGAUGGGAAAGAAUUUCUUUUUGUUCAAAACUCAUAAAGUAUUUAGAAAGUUAUAUAAACAAGGUUUACAUGAAAAGUAUAUAGUAAAAUAUCCGCAAUUUCAUUCAAAAAAUACCAAAUCAAAGACCUUGGGGCAAGAAUAUGUUAACUUGUUUCUUCAUUUCUGGAAAAAUUGCUCUUAAGUUCCAAAUUUGUCCUGUAUCUACAUGUCACAGCUGAUUAAUUAGACUGACCUAUCAACUCUAAUAUAUGAGAAGUUAUGGGUCAUGAAUCUAGAAAUCAUAUCUACCCUUGUGUAGAGAUUCAACAAUGUCCAAUAACGAUACAGUUAACAUGUUCUUGUCCCAAGUCUUCAAUUUAUUUGUAUGAAUGCAUUUAAAAAUGUCUCCAAAAUUCCUACUUAUCUCUAUACUCAUCCUUUUCUUGAAACUUAGUAUUCAGUAUGGUAACACAAAUCUAUUGAGAAUAUCACAAUACAUAAAUUUGUUCAGUGAAAGAUCUCACUGAAUGACUUCACAUCAAGUAACAUUCUCAGCAAGUCCUUGUUGUUACAUGUAUAACUUGAGACUAGGCACCUUAUUUAAAUUCAAGCUUGUAUUUAUGUUUCUUUUCAAAAAAUUAUAAAUAUUACAGAUUUUAAUUAUUUAUGAAAAAUUGUAUUAAAUAUAUUUUUAAAAUACAGUAUCUAAAUGCUCUCCUUGAAUGUUCAGUACAUACAUUGUCAUUUCAAUUCUUGAUAUUGGUAUACAAAUAUACCACAUGAAAUAUUUUUAUUAUUUCUUAAAUCUUUCUGACUACUAAUUCUGCUAAAUUUCAGCAAAUAAUGACUGCUUGAAGAAUUUACCAUUAAAGCAGAAAUACAAACUGCAUACUAAGGCAGAAUUCCCUACAAGUCAUUAUUUUAAAGAUUUUCCAUCAACAAUUCUUUUAUAUUUUUAUUUUAUCAAAAUAGAUCUGAUUAACUGUCAUUUAAUGGGUUACUCACAUUUUGAGUUGAGCAAAAUAAUGCAGGUUAAAUAAACUAUCCUAUCAUUUGUCAGUGUGGUAGCAAUAUCAUAUUUACUCUGUAUGUUGUUGACAGACAUAUCAAUGACAUUUAUUUAUCAUUCUUUGAGAAAAUUCAAAUAUUCAUUGCUAACUUCUCAAAGUAUUUUCCCCAUAUUAAUUUAUAAAUAACAAUAAAAGUUUUAACAAAUUAAAAUUAAAAAAGAUUUUUAUUUCUUCAAAAUAUUUAAUACGGCCAUCAAAGAUCAACAAAAUACAGUAGAAACUUGUUAAUUAAUUAAUUUAUAUUUUUGUCUGUCUGGAUUUGAUGGGACCAAAUUCAAAACUCCAUAUUAUCUGAAUUUUUGUUUACCUAAAUUGAAAAUUUUAUCCUUUUUUGUCAUCAAGUGGAGCAUAAAAGUUAUAAAAACACAAACUCACAUUGUUUAAACCAACAUAAAAUUGCAUACACGAGUAAACAUUAAAUUACAGAUUAGCACUAGCAUUCAGUAAUGAUUAUAAGUAUAUGUUUCCACUGGCUAGGGCAGU